CUCCACUCCUGGCUUUUUGCCUUCGUGGAUCGGAGUGCGAGUUGUGUGAAGCCGAAGAGAGACAGUGCUUAUGUGUAGAGAAACAACGUUAUAACAUGUAUCUCAAUGGUUUCUCUCUCCUAAAUAUCGCGUGAAUAUUCCACUUGUUUUCACCGCCGGGCAAAUGACGGACGAUAAUGUUGGCGUCAUGUAGGCUGUGCUUUUCAGACUUUGGAAAACAAAUCCGGUAUUGUCGGUGAAUUCUCGGGAGAUGGUAGAGUAGUUCGACCUGCGCCAGUUUCACAGCCCUCAUACAGAAAAACAACCUGCAAGGUCUAGAAUGAUGGUUGGGGACAUGUUUCUCCUGGUGUUGAUCACCCUGGUGCUUCCCUGUUCUUGCUUGGAAGAUGUCCCUGUGAGGAACUCUGAAUGUGUGUGUGACGGAGUGCCCUGCAGCAGCAGCAGGGACCGGUGUUUUGGGCAGCAGUGCUUCACCUCUCUUUCCAUACUGAACGGGACAGCCACCUUCCAGAAGGGCUGCAUUGUGGGUAAUGAGGAAGGGUCCUCGCGAUGCGGAAACCCACCAACUCCUGAGCUGGUGGUAGAGUGCUGCAGUGGGGAUUUGUGUAACAUGAACGUCUCCUUGCAGUCACCAGUAAAAGAUCUAGAGCUGUCUGCUGGCAGACCGGUCCUCAGAGACCAGGAGUGUGUGUGCGAGGGCGGUGUGUGUGAGCUUGACCGCCGCUGUGCAGGCCAGCACUGUUUCUCCUCUCUGCAGAUGACUGAUGGGGUGGCCGUCCAACAGAAGGGCUGCCUGAGGGACGACGAGGAGGGCAGAGCCACCUGCGCCAUGCCGCCCUCACCCGGACAUGUUGUCAAGUGCUGCCAGGGCCAUCUGUGUAACAUGAACGUCAGUGUGCAAGCUCCGGGGAAAGAGGAGGAGGUGAAGCGUCUGACCAAAGAGGAGCAUGAGUGUGUGUGUGAGGGCAGCACUUGUGCCACAGGGAACCGCUGCCUGGGCCAGCAGUGUUUCUCCUCUCUGACCGCCAGCGCCGGAUCCCUCAUGUACCAGAAGGGCUGCUUCACCAAAUAUGAGCAAGGCACCAUGACCUGCAAGACCCCCCCUUCCAGAGACCAGAUUGUGGAGUGUUGCUAUGGGCACCUGUGUAACAUGAACAGCACUGUGGAGCUGCCUGUAAAAGCAGAUGAGGUUCCUAGCUACAGCGUGACGACUCUCACUAUCGUCAUCGUUGCCCCCAUCAUCGUCCUCAUUGUCCUCUCUGCUAUCGCUAUCCUGGUGUUCAGACGCAUCCACAACAACCAAAUGGAGAGACUAACAUCACGAGACGCGGAAUACGGAACUAUCGACGGUCUCAUAGCCUCCAACGUGGGGGAGAGCACUCUGGCGGUUCAGAAGACGCGUUGUGCAGCCAAGGCAACCAAGGAGAGCUCCGUAUUACGGCAGCACAGACAGGUGUGGAGCAGAGAGUGCCCCAGGCUGCAAAAGGCUGAGGAGAAGGCUGAGAAUGACAUCAAGGAUUUUCUUCAACAGCUCAGGCCAAACGGUAGAACAGACACUGCCAUCUUCUCCCUUCAAGAUUUUGGGGUGCUGCUGGAGAGGGAGCGUGAGGCGUUCAGGAAAGCCACGGUGGAGCCUGUUCUUCAGCUCAAGGUCGACCUGUGCUUCAGACUGGGUGAAGCACAACGUCAGGAUCUCACCACGAAUCAAUCCGACUGGGAAGAAGUUAAACAACAGAUACACUUUGUGAAGGACCAGCAAGAUGAAAUAACUGCAAAACUCAAUGCAGAGUACCAGGUUUUGGAGGAGGAGAUCAUUGGCUGUGGCUUAGAGAAAUAUCUCACUAGUACUUCAGAUGAUCUGGUGAUCAUAGGAAGCUGUCCAGAGGAAGUGUUGGAGUCAGACUGCCCUUACCCAGAGCUGAAGGACGCCCUGAUCCAGGCCUUUCACUCGCUAUCAGAAAGAUACCAGAGCAGGCUGCAGGAUCUCCAAGAUCAACUGCAGACGACUGACAGGUUCUGUGGCUGGUGUGCAGAUGACCACCAACGCUUCCUGUUCACUCUGUCUCAGUACACUCAGGACCAAUCAAACCACAGAGCUCUCUACAUGGACCUGCUGCAAAGACUCUUCCUGGAGAAAACUAAACAAGAGCUGAUGGAGCAUGAGCGUGUGUGGGACUGGCAGCGCUUGACCCAGGCUCAGCUGAGGGUGGUGACCCAGCAGUGUGAGCGGGAUCAGGAGGAGCUGCUGGCCAGAGCCCUGGUCACCCUGCAGGAGGCGAGGCAUGCCCACCAGGAGGAGCUGAAGCUCCACAGAGGCCGCCAGCACCAGCAGGACAUCUGCUCGCAGCUCAGAGAGAAGCUGCAGCAGUGGGCGGGCCAGCAGGAGGUGGCCAAGCUGGAGGCUGCUAUAGCUGCUAGACAACAAGAGGAGGAAGAGGCGAGGCUGAGGAGGGAGCAGGAGAAGGAGGCUGCCGUCAGAUCACACCACAAAGAAAAAGUCAGGCAGUUUUAUUUACAGCAGCAGAAGAGGAGGGAGACGCUGGCGCAGAGGGAUCAAGAGAGACUCGCUAAUCUCAGGAGCCUCAUGGAGGAGCAGUCCAGGCGAGAUAAAGACAGGGUGCAGUAUCGGGCCGAGAUGCUGCAGCGGCGCAAGGAGGAGACGGAGGCGCGGGAGCUGGAGCGGCAGAGAGAAGAAGAAGAAAAGCAGAAUCGUUUGGAAGUUCUCAGAAACCAGGUUGGGGUGGUGGCAGAGGCAGACCCGGAGAGGAUGAUGGCAGAUACAGAGGCUUGGAGGAGUCGACAGCUGAAUGUAAAGGAGUUUGAACUCCAAAGACCUCUCUAUAGUAUACACACGUACACAGACACACAGAUUGUGUCUGAUCCCAGAGUGCGUGUUGAGCAGGCUCUGAGGGAGGCCGGUCUGCAACACAGCCAGUACGCCAAAGACGUGCUGUCUGUUCUCACACCCCCCAAACCCCCGAGACGAGAUACGCUAUCAGAUCUCAAAUUCUGACUUUGUUUGGGAUCACAUUGUGAAGUCCAACCCUUGUUCUGUUAUUGAGCGUGACAUUAAAUGU